CCCGCAGAGGCCAACUACAGACGUACGAAGUAUUAAACUACCGCCGGCUUUCCCAACUGAACAGGGAUCGCGGCCUUUCAGGCGUUAGCGCGCUGCUGGGACUCGAUGGAAUUUUCUGGGUUGGCCAUGGACAAUUUCCCGGCCAUAGCGGCGAAUGACUCCAAGACCCUUCGAAAGCUCAGCCUGCUGGAAGCCCGCAUGGUCGGGGCUGGGAACGAGUCUCGGGACGCGUCGCUACCGCCGAACGAAGGGAGUCGAGGCAGCGAAAAUAACAGCAACUCCAUGUCCACGAUUGGGUUUGCCAAACCUCGCGCCAGUGCGAGUUCGCCUGGUGGGGGUGGGGGAGGGGGGGGCAGCAAGCCCCCCACGGACCCUAUCAAGGAUGGAAGUGGUGGCAAACGAAAGGCGAGCUGCCGCCGAAGCUGAUGGGUUUAGCCCACCUCGUCCUCCGUCUCACUUACAAAAUACCGGGACUCCAAGCACGUUGAGCACAAGCCCCGGAGCAGGUGGAGAUUGGAGCAGCGCUCGUCAGGCUUCCCAGGGGGCGGGAGACGAUGGGCCUGGAUUGAAGCGCGCGCGCACUGGUGGUACCCUUCAACCUCCUCCGCCUCCCCCACCGCCUCGCUUCUGUCUGCCUCAAGGCGAAGGCAAUCAUCAGCCACCCCGCGCACCCGCAACAGGGACAGGGACAGGGGCAGGGGCAGUGCCCAGCGGCGGGAGUGGAGGGCAGGUCCAUGCGAGGCGAGGAUCUCGUAGUGCAGAGGGCAGCAGUCUUCCUUCAAACAACCAGGCUCCUGGGAAAUCAGGGGCCCGCGCCUCGUCAGAUCGAACCAGCCACCGGUCGGAUCAUGCAGACGGGUCGAAGCAACACCAGGCCGUGGCAGGUACGUCGUCCGAUCCGCUCACGGGCGACGACAAUACUUUUGCCCCGCACUCCUCCACGAUAAGCACGGCACAAGGUGCGGAGUUUUCUCCACCCAGCGGUGGAAGGAGUGGCAAAGGCGGUGGACAGGCGCCGCCGCUAGCGGCAUCGAAGACAAUUCAGUCGUACUUCUUCAAGCCUUCCAAUGGCACUGCUGUGCAGAACCUCGCCGCCAGCUACGGCGCGGGCGAAGUUGCCGCCGGGCAAAUGCGUGCCGCAUCAGGGCUUCCUCAAGAGGUGGACCUGAGUGGUGCUGACGGGGACAGCUGCCGUGGUGAACCAAGUUUUGCACAGCCGAUCGCACGAACCGGCAGGAGUGGCUUAACGGGAACUGUCCGGGGGGGAGAUGGGAGGGCACCGCACCAUCGAUUGUUGCACGCCGCGCCAUCAGCGGGGGAUCAAGGUGUGGAUCAAGCUCCACAAGUCAUAUCCCAGAGCCGAGGACAAGCUGUAGACCCAGCAGGAGAAAGAAUGGCAAGGGCUGCUGGCGCGAACAUCGGAAUGGCUGGCAGUGAGCAAGAAAGCCUAGAGAAGGUGCACGACAGGCUGAGGGAAGCCAAAUCGGUCGAGAGAGAGCUGCGAAACGAACUUGCAAGGGCAAAUCUCGAGCGCGGAAGCAUGGAAACAAUGGUCGACUCUCUUCGAAGUCAGCUGGAAAGAACGAUGGACGAGUUCAAGGCGAAGGAGACGGAUCAAGAGGCGCAGAAGAAGCAGCUCACGUCUGUUGUCGAAGGGCUUCUGCGAAAGGUCGCCGCGCAGGAGGCGAGCGAUUCCAGAGCAACACUGACGAGGGACAUGCUGGAACUUGGCAAGAUCGUCAGUGUCAAAACCGGGCAUAUCGGCAAGUAUGUCGAGGCCUUUGAAGAGGGAACAUCGUUCAAGGAAGUGGAGAAGAAGACGGCGGCCAUGAUGUCUAGGAAGACCAAGCUCGAGGCAAGGAAAAGGGCAGUCUCAAAGUUGUUAAGAUCGACUGCGCCCGCGGCGGGAGAUGGAUCUUUCAGCGGGCAGGCAAGGCUAGAGGCCAUCGAAGAAGAGGAGACCGUGCGAAUGCACCUCACGGCACUGAAGCGCGAAGAACUGGCGCUGCAGGAGGAGAAGCGUGCUUUGGACGCGCGUAAAGUGCUGCACAUCCGCGAACUGAAGCGGGUGGCGCACGAAGACCGAUCCAAGUUUGCCAAGCGACCUACCCUCAACGGAAGGUAUGUUCUGUUGAAUCUGCUCGGCAAGGGUGGCUUCAGCGAGGUGUGGCGCGCGUUCGAUCUGGUCCACGCCGAGGAUGUGGCUGUGAAGGUGCACCAGCUUCUCAACAAUUGGACCGAACCGCAGAAGGCAAACUUCAUCCGACACGUCACUCGCGAGUACGAGAUCCACCAGCAAAUGCGGCACCCGCGCAUCGUGAACCUCACGGACGUGUUCGAGAUUUGUUGCGAUUCGUUUGCAACGGUGCUCGACUACUGCCGAGGAACUGACUUGGAGUGCCUGCUCCGCGAGAGAAAACAGUUGCCGGAACGAGAUGCGCGGGCCUUAGUUCUCCAAGUAGCGAGAGGGCUGCAGUACCUGAACACCGCUCAGGGCGAAGGGGAGAGUAGGAGAGGUGCAAUCAUCCACUACGACCUCAAGCCUGGCAACAUCUUGCUCGAUGAAAACGGGGACGUCAAGAUCACAGACUUCGGCUUGUCCAAGAUCCUUGAAAUCAAGAAGGACACAGAAAGAGGUACCGGCGGGGGAACAUCGAUGGAGCUCACUUCCAAGGGAGCCGGAACAUACUGGUAUCUUCCACCGGAGUGCUUUGGCGACAACCCUCGAAUCAGCUCCAAAGUGGAUGUGUGGUCCCUCGGGGUGAUCUUCUACCAGAUUUUGUACGGGGUUCGACCCUUCGGAGAGGGACUUUCUCAGGAGAAAAUUCUCCGGGAGAAAGUGAUCGUGAACGCAAACAGGGUGGAUUUCCCGCCAAAGCCCGUGGUGUCGGAGGAGGCCAAGUCGUUCAUCCGGUCGUGUCUCACCUAUACGCACGCAACUCGCCCAGAUGUGCAUGCGAUGUGUAACCUGCCGUACCUUACUACUCCGGCGGCGAGGCGUGGAGGUUGAUGUUGGGAAGUUCGGGAACUCAGAUAAAGCUGCUACAGUAGAGCUUGAAGCAGCAUCGGCGGUCGGUGCUGGAACUAACGACCGACUUUGAUGGUGGGUUCUCGCUUUCGAGGGUGUGGUGUACUUAGUUUGCCCUCAACUCCCUCCCAGCAUUACGCUUGUUCAGCUUGAGUGUCCGAAGGGAGUUGGAAAGCAAGGUGUCGUGUCGUUUGAUACCAGGAAGGAAUAACAUUGCCGUUGCAAUGGGUCCACAUCCGUUCUAUGCAUACAUGUAAACAGAUUGGGCUAAUGGACGCCCGAGAAAUGUUACACUGUAUUUAUCAUUUUUUUUCGAGCAGGCUGCAACACCCGUUCGUGCUAGUUGAUUUGUUUUAGGCGCGGCAUCCCGUCCUAAAUAUCCUGGAUAACUUGUCAUGUUGAGUAGGUAAUGAGGUUCAGUAAUAACAUGACUGACCUCCUCCCUCGUGGAUUGGCCUUUUGACGGAGUUUCGGUCCGUUCAUCCGGUUAGUCGUACACACACGCAAGGAAGAAAAAGGAGACUCCUAAACAGAAGCCAAAUCAAUCAAAUCAUUGACACAGGUAGGUGUCAACUGCAAAACCCGUGCGUGCUAUGUAUAAUCAUCGUCUUCGUUCGCUGGACCAAGCCGAGACAAAAUUGAAGUAGCAAAUUGUACCCCGUGGGUGGCAAGUGUAUUUUCUGCUUGUAGAUGUGUAGAGUAGAGGCGGGUAUGAAAGGCCACUUAAGCCACCCCCUGUGCUCAGAGCUUGUUCUUGAGCAAGAAACCGAAUUUCGAUGACAUUGUGGUAUCGAGCGAUAGGUGAGAUCACCCCCCGCCUACCUGAAAAAAAAAGGAAAAAAAAUCGUCAACAGUGACGACGUAGGGCUGGAGCCGUACACCUGAGCUGCAGGCGUCAUUUUGAGAGAAGAAAAUUACCCCUAGGGGUAUUAAAGGCCACGUUCAUCAUUGGUUGAUUUCGUACGUUUGAAAGCGUUUCAAGUCCCAAGAUUUGGUGGGCAUGCGUAAAAUACAAAAGGAAUGAAGAAAUUGUAAGAAAAAACAAAAACGAUCUACAUCCAGGGAUGAACAUGACGUAUCCCCGUGUUUUCGACACCAUGAGUAGGGAUGUUUUUUUUUCCCUCCGUGACCUGUGUUGCGUGCUCUGUGCGUUCGAAACGAGGCCGAACAACCAAUUUGAUGCAUAAAUGUGUAAUUCCAGUCAGUAGACGACUCGAGGAAAAAAAACACGGCGAAAUGAGUUGUCUACGUAAAAUGGUGCUUGGUCAAAUAUGGGUACUUUUUCCUGCUUUAGCAUGCCGCAACAACGGUAGGAAUUCACGCCGAACACCGCCAAACUGUAUCAAUCAAACAUUGAGGAAUACUCAUGACAUUCCCCACGACACAACCUUUGGAGGGGAUUUUUAAACAUGAGUGAGAAACAUGUUCAGAACAAAAAAAAACACCCCGGGGACAGAACCACCGCGUCCUCGGAUUUUCGAUCUAAACCCGUGCAUCCUUCCCCCCCCCGGUACUGGAACGCACGAACGUCACCAUCAAAUAGGGUGCGAACCACACGACGUUCUACAGGGUAUGGUUCGACUGUACGCAUAAUUCCACGCCCAUUGGAGCACACCUGAUGAUAUAUUAAAGGUCAAUCAAUAAGGAUACUUUUUUUCUGAUUCUAGGCUUGCCGCUACGGUAAGAAUUACCGCCGAAAACAACUGUAGUUUGAAAACACCUUUGCACCCCCGCGACC